AUGGCGUCAACCGUUGAGAUGGUACACGAGAGUCUCCUGUCUGUGAUCACAAAUGUAUUGCGAAAAUGUGGCGCUUCUGAUACGAUAUUGUACACUCCAGAACCCUUGCUCGGUUGUAUCAUCGAGAUCGGCGUGCUUCUCGAAGACGAGCGUAAAUGGUUCCCUCUCUGUAAUCGGCUUCGAUGGCCUUUAGGCAAUGCGCCAGAAGUCGUGCGCAUCUCACGCCCGACCGCUGGGGGCAUGACGGUUCAAAUGGACAUCAGUCGUCGCUUAGUUAAGCCAGCCACCUCUCCCUCUGCUCAUGGACCAUUUCCCCUGUCAAGCCCGAAUCGCGUGCAGACAGUUCGACUUAGACCCUAUGCCAUCGGAGAUAUUAUUGAAGUGCCGCCGUCAGCAUAUCAGACUCUAGCAUGGUAUAUACAAUGGUCUCUCCGGCUGAAUCCCUCAGAUCUUUCCGAUGCGGUAUUUUGGCUCGAGGAUUAUGCAAAUUCCACGAAGAAGAAGAAUACUCUCACAAUAGGAGAGUGCCAAAUACGAUGGCCGCUGCCGUAUAGCGACAACAUAUUGUUCUUAAAGGUCAGCAAAUGCCUGGGCAAGUUGGUCGAAACGAGUCUCCGGCAGAACCUCCGUCACAUUGUGAAUUCUUGGUAUUCACCCUUGUGGAAGCAAUGCGACCUCACCAACGUAUCGAUCGUCAGCCACGAUUCGGUCAACACUUGGCCAAUCAUCUUCUACUUCGACCAUCCACUCUUUUUCGCCAGGGCACCGUUUCAAUCACCUUCAUUUUUUCCCUGGUUCGCUAACCGUACCCUAUACGACCAGGUUCACAUAUCGGAACUUCCCAUCGCCUCUAAGAAGUUUUGCCAUGUCGUUCUAUUCAAGAAGAUUCCUAGCCGGCUAGAUGUGCAAGAGCUCUUAGUUGGCACGCGCACAUUCUAUUCCCUCCCUUAUUCUGCGGAAGCCAUCGUGACAGAGCCUUCAUAUCACAGUACCGGGUCGAUCUUUGGGGGUACUGGCAAGUUCAUAGACGAGAUAUGUAGGCAGGAGUUGGGUCCUUUGGUUAGGCAAGCUCUACAGCGCGGUCCUCGUCUUUGCGGCCAACUCAACCACGAAACGGUUCUUGUUCAGCAACCGCCCGGGGACGUCUGGCCAGAUUCUCAGUACUCGAUUGCAGCUCAGGAGAGAUUCGAACUGUUCUAG